GGAGCCAAAAAGGAGGUUCAGGUGGUACAGCCCGUCCAGAAACUCAGCAAAAACCCUCCUGAAAGAAGUGCCGCUUGUUGAUCAUCUUCGGAUAACAGAGCUGUUUUCUGGGGGAGCGGCGCGUCCUGGGUUUGAGGAAGAAGCCGCAGAGCUGCGCGCGUUUCUGCGCUCCGGGGAGAAAAGCGUCGAUCGCGGCGCCAGAAGGCAGCGGAGCGCAGUGAAUCUCCUCUCAAGAAGAAGACGAAGAAUUCUCCUUUGAAUAUAGUUUUUAGGGAGAUUGUUUCAACGAAAAAAAGGAAGAUAUGUUUAAGAAAACCAAAAGCAAAGUUUUGGUGGAAUAUGCGUCAGAGGAAGACGACAUGUCCUGGCACAGUCAUCACUCGUAUAAGGAUAAAGACAUAGAAGGAGAAGAAGAGGAUGAGGAAGCUGUCAUGGUCCUCUCCAAGGAGGCCAAAGUCAAGAAAAUUAUGUCCAAGAAGGAGAGGAGGGAGAAGAAGAUGCUGUCUUCCAAGGACGAUGAGCAUCUUCUGCUGACCGGAGUGAAUGCUGCUGAUCGGAAAGGGCCUCAGAAGAAAAUCAAGGAUGAUGAGAAGGAGAAGAAGGACAAACAGGAAAAAGCACUCUGCUUCUGGGAGAGCGUCACCAUGACGAUGAGGCAAAUCUCUCCUGCAAAAAAACUAGAAAAGAUAGAGGGGUGGGAGCCGCCUCAGCUGGAGAAUCUACCAGAGACUGCGUGUGAUGAACCCCCGGGACUGGGAGAAGACGUGGUGCCCGCUGACUCCAUAGGCUUUCCUGUGGAAAUACCCACCUGGGAAGGGCGGGGUCUGGAGGAGGACUCUUCCCGCUACGCUAACCUGUCGGACUCCAACGACUCAGCAGCGGCCGUCAGAUGGACGGCCCGCGCCAAGGUCAAGCUGGCUGGAAUCAGCAGGAUAAGAAAAGGGAUUGUGUCUGAGGGUGUGUGGGGGGGCUUCAAAUAGCUGUUUUUAAAGAAAAACAUUUCUACCUCCUAAUUAGUUCACUGUAACCAAGAGCAACAAAUUGAACCAACUAUCCAAUUGUUUCCUAACUGCAGAAAAAAACAAAAAGGUGUUGUUGACUAAAACAACUAUAUGCAACCAUCACGUGUGGCAAUGAUGCCAAAGUGCCUUAACUUCAGUACCCUUGACGACCAUUAGGACACGUUUUUCAACUUUGGCUGCAUUUCUACUUUAGGAAUCUUUUUCAGCUUUUGACAAGACAGAAUCUAAAAAUGGAAGUUGAACAUCAUACAUAAAUAGAUGUUGAGAAAACCUGGAAUAUUUUGAUCCCAGCUGACAUUGAUGAGAAUUUUGUCAACUUCACCUUCACCUAUUCCACACCAUGACAGCAGAAAAGGCUGGACUGAAAUCAUCUUUUAAUUCGCUUUUUUGUUUCAGACUUCUGCAUCCAAAAUGGGCUAAAUAAAUAAAGUCUUAUAAUAGUAAGUCAAUUAAAGCUUUUACACAUUUCAAGCCUAUUAUCACUCAUGUCAGUAUACUGGUAAUCAUUUAAGGCACAAAAGUUCAUUUUGAGGCUUCAAAUCGGCAGUUCACACUUUUUUUAGUUGCUGUUUGCAGUUAUUUUACCAUGAUGAAGUACUGAAUUUAUUUAUGAAGUUCUUUAUUUUAAGUUUUUAGUUCUUGAUUUCAAGUUUUUAUUUUAUGCUUUUGUUUUUAGUUCACAGGACAUUUGAUUCACUGGCAAAGAAUCCGAUCAAAUAAAAGCACGCAACUGCUGUAACAAGCUGUGAUUUACAAAGUCCUUGCAUUUAUCCAUGAGAUGUUGCACAGAACUGAGAAAAAAAUACUUUUAUGUCUCCUUAACACGCUGAUGUGUUGCUGACGUUUAGCUAAAUGUAAAAAAACUGGGUUGUGCAAUCACAAAACAGCUUAUAAAUUGCAAUGUAAUGGGAAUCUUGCAGCUAAUGCCAGGUUUUAUGCUCACAAACAUCCACUCUCUGCAUUCCUUGGCAUCGGUUUGUAGCUCAUGAAAGCCAGAUUUGUGAAAAUUUGUUUAAUAAAUUGCACUGUUUAAUAAAUCAGAUGCUGACGAAGUUUAUCAGUUAGAAAAAUAAUAGUAAAAAUUCCUGUUCUGCACCUUUUGAAGUGCCUUAAUGGUUAACCAAAUCUUUGUAAUCUCACACUAUCCUGCUUCCGAUCUCCAGUUACCUGCAAUAGAUUUUCAAAAAAAUAAAAUAAUAGAAAAAUCUAUUUUUAAAUUCUUUGUACAUAUCUGGAUGUUAGAUUACAUGAAGUAUAGUUACAUUUUAAAUAUAUCCUUUUUUCUUUUGCCACUGACAAACGUAUUUACUUGUCUUUCCUCCUCUUUUUGUAAUGUUUCCUGAAUUGAUGAUCACUGAGGUGUGCACAGAUACCUGUGUCCUGUUGUUUCUCAUCUAAAGUGCUGGCUCACAUUUCCUCAAAGCAAAAUAAAAGAAAUUUAUGACUG